AGCGUGCAAGAACACCGGCGGCGGAGCGCGCUGUCACUGCGCCCAAGCAUCCCACGGCUUUCCGCUGCACACGAGCGGGUCGUGCAUCCCCGCAGCCCCGCGUCCCUCACUGCCGACACCGAGUGCCCGGGGGACGCGUGUCCCGGCCCCGGCCCCAGGCUUCUCCGAGCCGCGCGCCGGCGCACACACCCCUCUUCGCCUUUGUUCCGGGGGUCGGCGGCCGCACUCCGCCCCGCGUCGGGAUCUGGUGGGCCGCUGGCGCAGCCGCGAAGAUGCCCCUGGAGCUGACUCAGAGCCGGGUGCAGAAGAUCUGGGUACCCGUAGACCACCGGCCCUCGCUUCCCAGAUCCUGUGGGCCAAAGCUGACCAACUCCCCCACGGUGAUCGUCAUGGUGGGGCUCCCUGCCCGGGGCAAGACCUACAUCUCCAAGAAGCUGACUCGCUACCUCAACUGGAUCGGCGUCCCCACGAAAGUGUUCAACGUGGGCGAGUACCGCCGGGAGGCUGUGAAGCAGUACAGCUCCUACAACUUCUUCCGGCCCGACAACGAGGAGGCCAUGAAAGUGCGCAGGCAGUGUGCCUUAGCCGCCUUGAGAGAUGUCAAGAGUUACCUGGCAAAGGAAGGUGGACAGAUUGCAGUUUUUGAUGCCACCAACACUACAAGAGAGAGGAGACACAUGAUCCUUCAUUUUGCCAAAGAAAAUGACUUCAAGGCCUUUUUCAUUGAGUCUGUGUGUGACGACCCCACAGUUGUGGCCUCCAACAUCAUGGAAGUUAAAAUCUCCAGCCCGGAUUACAAAGACUGCAACUCGGCAGAAGCCAUGGACGACUUCAUGAGGAGGAUCGGCUGCUACGAGGCCAGCUACCAGCCCCUCGACCCCGACAAGUGGGACAGGGACUUGUCGCUGAUCAAGGUGAUCGACGUGGGCCGGCGGUUCCUGGUGAACAGGGUGCAGGACCACAUGCAGAGCCGCAUCGUGUACUACCUGAUGAACAUCCACGUGCAGCCGCGGGCCAUCUACCUGUGCCGGCACGGCGAGAGUGAGCACAACCUGCAGGGCCGCAUUGGCGGCGACUCGGGCCUGUCCAGCAGGGGCAAGAAGUUUGCCAGUGCCCUGAGCAAGUUCGUGGAGGAGCAGAACCUGAAGGACCUCCGGGUGUGGACCAGCCAGCUGAAGAGCACCAUCCAGACAGCAGAGGCGCUGAAGCUGCCUUAUGAGCAGUGGAAAGCACUUAACGAGAUCGAUGCUGGUGUAUGUGAGGAGCUGACCUACGAGGAGAUCAAGGACACCUACCCCGAGGAGUAUGCGCUGCGUGAGCAGGACAAGUACUAUUACCGCUACCCCACGGGGGAGUCCUACCAGGACCUGGUCCAGCGCCUGGAGCCCGUGAUCAUGGAGCUGGAGCGGCAGGAGAACGUGCUGGUCAUCUGCCACCAGGCUGUCUUGCGCUGCCUGCUGGCCUAUUUCCUGGACAAGAGUGCAGAGGAGAUGCCGUACCUGAAAUGCCCCCUCCACACUGUCCUGAAGCUGACCCCUGUCGCUUACGGUUGCCGGGUGGAGUCCAUCUACCUGAACGUGGAGUCGGUCAGCACCCACCGAGAGCGGUCAGAGGAUGCAAAGAAGGGACCUAACCCGCUCAUGAGGCGCAAUAGUGUCACCCCCCUAGCCAGCCCCGAGCCCACCAAAAAGCCGCGCAUCAACAGCUUUGAGGAGCAAGUGGCCUCCACCUCAGCCACCCUGCCCAGCUGCCUGCCCCCGGAGGUGCCCACGCAGCUGCCUGGACAAAACAUGAAGGGCUCGCGGAGCAGUGCCGACCCCUCCAGGAAACACUGAAGCAGACGCGGCGGGUGGUUCCAUUCCAUUUCCAUUUCUGCAGCUUAGCUUGUGCCCUUCCAUCUACCCGAGGCCAAAACGAUCCCAAGGACUUCUGGAGCAGGCUGGGGUGCGGGAGAGGCUCAGGGGUCUGACUGGAGAGACCUGUGCACGGCAUGGGUUAGGCCAGACCCCAGAAAGCCACGCAGGCUCCAGCUUCCUGCCCUGAGCUGCAGGCCCCUCGCCCUGUGCUCUCUCAUCUUCCAGGGCUGUCUGGCCUUGCCGACCCUUCAGAUGUUUGGGGAGACUCUGAGUAGAGGGAAGGAACGUGGGUCCUGAGGAGGGCCCUGGGGCUGCUGUGUUCUUUGCUUUUGUGAUCUUGGCCUGGCAUAGUUGGAGCUAGUGAGAUGACACUGACAGCAAAUCCUAAAAUUAAAGGAUGCCAGAUCCCAGCAGCUGAGGAUGGGACAAUGCCUUGGGGGGCAGCCCUGGACAGGUGGAGGUUUGGGGCCUCUCCUGCAAGGAGUCCCCGAGGUGAGCAGAGACAUGCUGUCGACACGUCCAUACACCUGCCUGGGCCUCUGCUUCUGAAGAUGUUUUGGGGACAGGGUGGCCUUGCCAGCAGAGGAAGUACUUUGCUGAAAUCCAGGACCCAGUGCCGUUCUCCUUCUCCCUGGACUCGGAGGUACUGAGAGAAUCGCCCUCCUGGAGCUGCUGGUGUUUGCACUUUGUCAUGGCAGAAGUGUGAUCUGACAGUCACACUUUCUCUUCUGGAACUUAGACGCUGGGGGGUUGCACACUUGGAGCUUGGAGCCCUAAAUGAGAGUGUGGAGCAUGGCCAUGACGGGGCAGUUUGGAGCACGUGGAUCCUUGAGAGACUGACAUGGCCAGAUGACAGGGAGGAGAAUGCCUGGACUCCUUCCCUUAGGACUGGCAUCAUUGCCCAGGUUCCCAGGUGGUGACAAUCUCUCAGUUGAGGCCUCGUUCCAGGGCACUUCCUCCAAGAGGCUGUCUGCACACUUUUUGGUGCAUCUGACAUGGGCCUGGAGCUGUGCCAGGUGCCCCGGGGGAAGCCGGAGGAGUGGAGCCCAGCCUUGCCUUCACAGCAUCUGUGACAUUUUCAUGGUGGCUGAAAGCAGAGCUUAUGGGACACCGGUGGUUUCUGCCUGUUGGUUUCUCCUUGCUCCUUGGAAUCCUGGGGGAGGAGUGGGUGUCUCAUGCCCAGAGGAAACAGUUUAGAAACUCACAAGAGAGUUUGUCCAAAUGACCCUUUUCAGGGUGUCUCAAAGCUGGUGCCAAAGGUCACUUUCCUUUCCUGCCUUCUGCUGGAGACCCUGAGGUCCUCCCAGCUCAGGGGGACAGGUCCGGGGCUGGGGGAGCUUCAGAAAGACUCGUUUGCCUGGUUGGGAUUAGCAGGGGAUGAGGCUGUGCUUCAGAUACCGUCCAAGCACAUUCUCAGCCUCCCUGCCUGCGAGGAUGCCUGGACGUCCAUCCCCAACAGCUUUCGACUUGGGUCCCUUCCCCUCUCCGUGUCCUUAGUCUUGUCAGAUUGUGUGUGGUGUGUGUACAUGCGCGCGCGAGUGUGUGUGGCUUGGUCAUGUUUUCCCGUGUUAGGGGCUGACAGCCUUGUGUCCCAGGGCGGUGGCUCAUGUCCUUCUUUCUGCCUUGUUCUUUGAAUGUCCACGCAGGCCUUGAUGAAGGCAAGUCUCCCUUCUAUCUGAAACCAGUAUGUCAAUGGAGAAGGCUGGCCUGACAUAGGACUUUAAUCUGGGAGAGGCCCGGGUGGGGAGAGACUGGACGGGGAUCUGGGAGGACGGGCUGUGCUGCUUGAGUGCAAGCCGGUGACCUGCCUGUCUGGUGGCCUCGGGUUGAAGGUGAGCGUGGGCGACUGUCCUGGGACUUUGGCUGCUACAGGUCCCCCCUGAACCUUCUCAAAACAGACUAACUGGGACCAAUAUUUCUAACUUUGCAUAUUUGUUUUUGAGCGGGCUCCCCCCUCCUUACUCUGUCCUGAGGCCCUGGGCAAAGCUCUUUAUUCUGAGGGAGAAGAGGAACUCUUGGAACCACACCAAUGAUGUUUUCGUUUGUAAUACUUGAAAUUUAUUUUUGUAUUAUUUUGAUAGCAGAUGUGCUAUUUAUUUAUUUAAUAUGUAUAAGGGAGCCUAAAGCGUAGAGUGCUGUCUAGAUGGGGUGCAGUCGUAAUGGGUUUGGGUGCCUUCUCCGUGUGACUCGCCACUCCUCUGUGCUCUGUAAACCCGUCUGAACGAGUGACCUGGGAUAAGGCCACGCCAGCUUUCAAACAGGCGAUGCCUUUCAGAAAUUUGUAUAUUUUGCAGUUGCCAGACCAAUAAAAUACCUGGUUGAAAU